AUGACGCCGCCAGAAUCAAGGAAAAAUGAGGAGAAUUCGGCUGAAAAGAAAAAUAGCCUUGUCAUAUUGCCACGUGGAUCAUUUUUAUCAAGGCCACCUCCAGAUGAGCAAUCUCCGCCCACAAAUCGAUCAAACAGAUUGCAUAGGCCCAUUGAAAUUCGUUCAAAACGAAAUCCGUUGAUUUUGGAGGAAAAUGAGGAGGAUCAGCGGAAAAGACGGGCGGAAAAGACGCGUCCAUCAUGUGCUCGCGAGUUGUUCGGCGAGCUGAGCGUGCAGUUCAGAAGACCACGGGAGCCUUCAGAAUCCGAUUCAGAAGACGUCAAAAAUUCAGAAGACGAGGAUUCAGAAGACAAGGAAAACGACCCGAAUUCAAUGAUUCCGAUGGAGAUUGGCGAGGAAAACGGUCUAAGAGACUUGUUGGACACGAUGAGCGUCUCGGAUUAUGAAGAGGAUUCUGGAGAGGAUGUGCUUAGGAAUCAGAGAAAACGACGAUUGACAGACGAUGAUAAUGGGAAUUCCAAGAAGAGAAAAUGA